GUUUUCCGCGGAUAGUUUAGAUCUCCUGGUCGCCAUGGCAGCGCUGUGAGAGAGUGCGCCGCGUCUAAAUCUUAGGGAGCUGGCGCAUGUGAUAGGAGGUGCGAUGUUUGCCACUGGAAGCCACCAUCUCCGUUCCGAGCUGCAAGUCAACGAUAAUGACAGGAAAACAUUUCUAAGAGUGUUUCAGUUAUGUGAUGAAGGCGAUAAGGGUUACCUUAGCAGAGAAGAUCUUAAGGUGGCUGUGGUCAUGUUGUUUGGUUAUAAACCUUCCAAGCUAGAAGUUGAUUCCAUGUUGUCAUCUUUCAUGAUAAACUCUCCAGGCAUAACAUCGGAUUCCUUUUUGAAAAUGAUGGCUUUAAAGAAAGCAGCACAACUCAGCUUUGGCAACCAAAGGGAGAUCUUUUCAGUGUUUGAUGUUCAUUGUCGUGGAUUUCUAACUUUAGAAGAUUUCAAAAGGGCUUUCAGACAAGUGGCCCCGCACUUAUCAGAACGCACUGUUGUUGAAGCUUUUAGAGAAGUGGAUCAAGACUCUGAUGGCUUGGUGUCUUACAAAGAUUUUGAAUUUGUCCUGAAUUAUGGUGAAGAUGGCGAAUAAAUAUAUUCCAAGGAUCCUUAUCUCUGUCUUCUGUUUGGUUGACCUCUUCGAAAAUCCUUGGAAAAGUACAAUUCUGAAGGCAGUCAUCUCAGCAUUUUGGUAUCUCUGCUUUUUAGAAAAAUUACAAUGCCCAGCCACAUAUUGCAGCCACAGAUUGCCUCCAUAGACAUCAUCUAGGGCUAGGCUAUCACACAAGACAAUUAGCAGCUUCCACUAUGUGGAAUAAUUUUCUCUGGGGCAGUGAAUCAAUUAUGCCCCUAUAAGAAACCGUGUAACCCCUAUGUGCCACAGACCUAAAGGGGCAGUGUACCCUACUACUCCAUAUUUUCUCCUUGUGCGGUAGAUAAUUUGUUUACCAGGGCACAAUUAUCCCCCUGCAUAAUUGACUUCUGCUAACAAAACAGUCACAACAUAGGGGAAAGGGAGGAGGUUGUAUAAUGGUAAUCUAAUUCUGAACCUUGCAAGGACGAAACAUGGAUUAGCUUCAGUUUCCCUGUUUGCCCUGUUUAACUCAAAAGAUAGCAAACCAUUCUUAGUGAUGAAAACAUUAGGCAAAAGGUCCAGCACAUGCCCUGUUCAUUGCAAUCAUGAUGAACCAAUGGUUGUACUGCCCCUAUAAAUACACAUUUUCAGGCCAAAAACCACCCCUUGUACAGUGACAGGCCAGUGUAAUUAAUGUCUAACUGCAGACACAGGCUGAAUACGUUUGAGGUUUUUUUUUUUCUGUCGUGGAGUAAAUAGCCAAAAUUAGUCAGAAUUAAACCACAAAGACAUGAAAUUGCUACAUGCAGAGGCACAUCCUCAUUCAUAUGCAUCCGCAUGCUCAUAUUUAGUGUGACCUGCUGUCGAGGCACAAGCUGAUUAUACCAUGGGCCCCAACAUGACUGCCUAUACUGGGAGUUGGCACCAGAUGACAGCAUCAGGCAAACCCUGUAGGAUGGUGCCCCCAACAGUAAAUAGUAUUGUUUCUCUCAACCAGAGUGGCAUGUAAAAGUCACAGCUCCAAUGAUGUUAACUAUCAACAUUAAAUUGGCAAAUAAAUUAAAUUUGCAUGCAAAAACUGUUUUAAUUUGUAAGAAGCUUUUGUUUUUUUGGAGAAAGCAUUGCCUCCAGAUAUGGUUCACCUGUGAGCAUUAUUGCCUGUACUACUACUACAAAUAGAAUCCAUUAGCAUUAACACUAGUCUGGAUAGAAAUAAAGAUUUAAUAUAAUUGUGCAUAACAUGAGCCAAUUAAAUAGUAUUUUAUUAAAAAACAUCA